UAAACUCGUCUAUUUUGUCUCAUUUCAAAUGUCCUCGAUCUCCUGUUUACUAAAUAUUCCAAUAGUUGUCUGUCUUUGCAGCCUGACCCAUUCAGAACCAGUUUAAAUGAAAAUAGAUAUAUAUAUAUAAAUAUAUCUACACACCUACCAUUAGUAUUUGAAAUAGCGCGUAGAAUACCUGGGACCUAUAAGUAACAGAGGCGGUCCUCUACUUCACCACACCUGGACCAGUUUGUGUGUCACCUCAUAAAACACGAGGACUCUAGGACAUAAACUGCUCAUCACCUGUGCAAAAAAUCAUGAACUGUGCAUUCACAAUCCAGUUUUCGUGGACAUUAGCUGCGCUUCUGUUGUCACUGGUCCUUGUUGAAAGUCAAAGGACUUCCUUUCCCAACAGAAGAGAUUGCGAGGUAGUGGACCUUGUCUUCAUUCUCGACAGAUCAUGGAGCUUGCGUUCACCAGCAAACUUCCAGAAGGAACUAGACUUCGUCUCCCAAGUUGUGUCCGUACUUGAUUUCGAAAACUCUCGAGUAUCCGUCAUUACUUUCAGUGAUGACGCCGAUCUCAACAUCCGGUUCAGCGAUUACUACACCCUGGCGGAUUUCCAGAGGGCUGUCCGAGCCCUGCCCUGGGUCGGGGGGAACACCUAUACCCACAAGGCCAUAGAGCUUAUGAUGACGGAAGAGAACCAACGGUCCAGAGACAGGGCUGGGAUCACGUCUAUUGGCGUUAUUGUCACUGACGGGGGCUCCACCGAUCCGUACAGGUUGGAAGACGUUGUUAGACAGGUUCAUGAUAAAAGGAUAGAAAUGUAUGCCAUUGGGGUUGGUGAUGAGGUGAACCAGAAAGAGCUGGAGAUGCUGGCGAGCAGUUACGACCAUGUCUAUCUCCUCAAGAACGUCAACGCUCUAUCUCAAAUCCAGGACAAGCUGGCUGCUAGAUUUUGCAGAGGAACUCCAGCACCAUCCACCCAGGCUCAAAACAAAGACUCUUGCGUAAACAAGCCAGCCAACUUGGUUCUGUUCCUUGACGACUCCCUUCCGAUACAACAAUACCACCAGGACUUGAGCUUGGUCACAGACCUUGUCACACGGUUGUCGAGAAGCAUAGGUCGCUCUCGUAAGUUCAAGUUGCUACCUAACUGGUUUCAAGGCUCUGUGCUCACUUUUGGUAAUGUUCAGGACUUUCUGGAGGGAGUUAGUCGCACUAACGUACCACAAAGAUGGUCAUCUACAGAAAACAUUUUGGAGGUUGACCUGAAACCCGGUUUUCUUAACAUUGCUGUGGUUAUUGGAGCCAAUUCUAUGAAAAGGUUAAAUCAGAGUUUGGACAGAAAUGCACAUUUGACAUAUAUCUUAGGGGUUGGUCAGUCACUUAGAAGAGAUCUAAUAGAAAACAUUGUACCCUCAUCGAAACGAUUUUUUGUUCAAACGUUGAGUCAGUCCGUGGAGACUGUCAAAGAAUUGUCAUUAGAUUUGUGUUCAGGUUGUUCGAACAUGGACAUUUAUUUCCUAUUGGAUACUUCAAAUAGCAUAGGACCGGAACAAUUUGCACGAGAAUGCAAGCUGGCUGCAGACUUAAUGAAAUCCAUGCAGCUUCCGAACGGCCACUCACCAAUUACUACGAUAGACUAUAGUGACUCACCUGAACUUCAUAGGUAUGCAGAUAGUCCCCAGUUUAUUGCAACGAUUCCUUCUCACAAGUGGAGGGGAGGCAAUACUAUGACUCACUCUGCAUUAGAGAUGGUUAUGGCCGCCUCAGAGAGAAACUCAAAUGAUAAAAGACAGGUGGCUAUCUUGAUGUCGGAUGGUGCAUCAACUUCCCCUGACCGUACUGAAAAAAUGGCCGCAAAAAUUCACAAUAGUCAGUUGGAAAUGUUUGUUGUUGGCAUUGGAGAAAAUGUGAAUUUGGAAGAAUUAAAAGUGAUAGCAUCCUCGCCUUCACAUUUAUAUAUGGAAGACUCAAUUACACCAACUCACCUGUCGGAGGCUAUAUGUAAUGGUGCAACAGAUAACAACAUUCCAGAAAGUAAUCAAGAUUGCAGAGAAGAAUUCGAUAUUGUAUUCGUUUUGGACAGUUCGUGGAGUCUUAGAACAGAGAAAAACUUCAGGAAAGAAAUCCAUUUUGUGACAGAACUUAGCGACAACUUGCAGCUUGAUUUUAAACGUGUUUCUGUGUCAGUGAUAACAUAUGCCGAUCAAGCUAAGGAAUACAAUUUCCGAAGUAAGAACGAGUUCUCCUCGGCCGUUCUGAAUUUACCCUGGCUUGGAGGAAAUACGUACACGGAUAGGGCACUCAGCAUAGUUCUUGAAAAUGUGGAGAACAGGGCAAACUCUGUUCAGUCGACUGUAGAGAGACCUCUAGUUGUGUUGGUUAUUACAGAUGGUGGGUCCACCAGUCCGUUUGUCUUAGAAAAGGUCGUCGCCAGAUUAAAGCGGUUCAAAUUUGUCAAAUUAUUUGCAAUAGGCGUUGGAGUUAGUAUCAAUAUAAAAGAAUUGGGACUUAUAGCUUCCGAUCCAUCUGACAGUCAUCUGUUUAUGGUGGACGACUUAGAAGUUAACAAUAAAAUUCUCAAAUCUCUUUUGAAAUCGCAAAUUUGCCGAGAUACGCAAUUCUUAUCGUUAAUAUCUCCACCAAAAUCGUUCAGUUGCCCUGCUGAUGUUGACCUUGUUUUUGUGUUGGACAGUUCCUCAAGUCUAGGAGUUGUUGAAAAUCCCGAUUUUUAUUUUCUCAAAGAAAUUGCAUUUGUAAUUGAUGUGAUUAAAUUGGGAAACAUUGAUUUUCGUCAAUCGCGUGUGUCUGUUAUAACGUAUAGUGACGUAAUCAGACUGCACCAGUACCGCAGUGAGACAGACCUUGUGUCAAAUAUUAUACACCUUCCGUUUCUUGGAGGAAACACUUGUACUGAUAUAGCCUUAGAUCUAAUGUUGGAUGAGUUAAACUAUUUCAAAUCCGUCUCAAACGGAAGGAAAGCAGCAAUCGGCGUGAUCCUCACUGAUGGGCUGUCGACGCGACCCGAGUAUACAUCGAGCUCGGCCAGAAGAAUUCAUGAUGUCGGCUACCGGAUUGUAGCAAUUGGAGUUGGAGCGCGGGUGAAUAUAAAUGCAAUCACCGAUAUGGCUUCGUUGCCAAAGAAUGAAAAUGUGUUUCUUUUGGAUGCAUUGAACUGGAGAACUUCCUUUUUAUCGAGUCUACAUAAUGGAUGCUAAGAAACUAUUAUUGAUUAAAAGCCUAGUCACAUCUCGGCCUGUUUCAUCCUGUUUCAGGGAAAUAGCUGAGUUAAUUGAAAAAGGCCAAGUACUGUAUAGUGACAAACAUUUUCAUAGUCAUAACUAAAAACAUUUUUAUUUUGGCAUGAAUUUUGAAAAUAGUCUUAAGCUUACUAAAAUUGUAUAAGUAAUAUGUAUGUGUAAGUGAUAUGUUAAUACAGCUGUGUAUAAAUGUACUAGAAUUAUUAGAUUUUGAAAAUGGACUUGAAACACAUGAAUGGUUUUAAUUAGAAUUUCAUAAUGCUUGUUUUAUUUUUAAUGUAUUUAAUUUACAGAAAACAUGAUUAAAAUCUACAACCAUGUAGGCCAUUUUCUAUCAUUUGAUUUCAUGUAACGAAUCUAGAGUUCACACCUACAGCCAUUUUUUCUUUUAAAGAGAAUGUAUGCUAUAUGAAUUACUUUAGUUCGCGUGUUAUCAGUGGAUGAUUUAUAGUAUUGUAUAUUUCAUAAUCAAAGACUUAUUAAAUUUACUUUGAAAUAUUUCAUACAGUGCACACCUAGAGGUGUAAAGGGUAUUCGUGUCACAUUUUUAUGUUAUUUGAAAUUGAAGAUGCUUUUAUUUUUGAUACUAACAUAGCCAAAUUGUAACUAAUUUGUUAUGUGUCCUC